AUGAAGGUCGUACACAGCGGCAGCAGCCGCCACAGCGCCGUCACCCGUGACCCGAGCGUCGACGCCGACGCCGCGGCCAGGUUGGCCCUGAUGCGCGGGCUCGACGAUAGCCUGCAUACCUACUAUGGCGAGCCCGAGCCAGCCCACACCGCUGCAGCGGCGUCGUCUGUAUCCGCCGUCGAGGCGAACACUGCGGCACAUCCGACAGCGGGACCAGUCGCACCAACGUCGAGCCCGCCAAGUCCUCCGACCGACACGUCGGAUCCAGUGGAACCUGUCGUACAAGUCGCCCCGCAGCCAUUACGGACGGCAGCGCCGUCUAAUGGGACGCCCGAGGCCGUCCCCGAUGUAGGCGUCGACGCCACGGCACCGCCAGCCGACGUCAUCGGCGCGGAACAGGAAGAGUACGAUGCGGCCACCGAGGUGCGCGAGACACCGCUGCGCGCCGCAAAGGUGCCCUCGUCGCGCCUGGGCCGCCUCUUCCACUACGGCAGCCUGGGGGCCGGUCUCGCGGUGGGCACCGCCGGCCAGUUCUUCCGCGGCGGCGGCGGCGACUCGUCGGGCGGCGGCGGCAUGGUGCUCUCGGAGCAAAACAUCUCCCGCCUCGUCGACAAGUUAUCGACGAUGCGCGGCGCUGCUCUCAAGCUGGGCCAGUUCCUGUCGAUCCAGGACACCAACGUGCUGCCGCCGCAGAUCGAAAAGGUGCUGCUGCGCGUGCAGAACGCGGCCAACUACAUGCCCGUGUGGCAGAUGCAAAAGGUCAUGUCGGCCGAGCUCGGCUGCUCGGACUGGAAGGAGCGCUACUUUGAGAGCUUCGACGAGAUCCCGUUUGCCAGCGCCUCGAUCGGCCAGGUGCACUCGGCCACGCUGCGGCGUGACUUUGCCGACGACCCGAGCAUGGCGGGGAGGCGGGUGGCGGUCAAGGUGCAGUUCCCCGGCGUGCUCGAGUCGAUCGACUCGGACCUCUCGUACAUCCGCUGGCUCGUCUCGGCCUCGGCGCUGCUGCCGCGCGGCCUCUUCCUCGACAACUCGCUCAAGGUCAUGAGCCGGGAGCUGCGCGACGAGUGCGACUACGAGCGCGAGGCCGAGAUGGGCCGCAAGUUCCGCGCGCUCCUCGAGGGAUCCGCCGAGUUCGAGGUGCCCAAGGUGGUCGACGCGCUGUCGACGCGCAGGGUCCUCGUCACCGAGAUGAUGCGGGGCCGUCCGCUGACCCAGGCCUCGCGCUACACGCAGGAGAAGCGCGACCAGAUUGCCAGGUCGAUCCUCAACCUGUCGCUCUCGGAGCUCUUCCGCUUCCGCCUGAUGCAAACCGACCCGAACUGGACCAACUUCCUCUACAACGAGCGCAACGGCAAGCUCCAGCUCAUCGACUUUGGCGCCACGCGCGAGUACUCCAAGGAGUUUAUGGACGACUGGCUCAAGAUGCUUCAGGCCGCCAUCAGGGGCAACCACGACGAGUGCGUCCAGUGGAGCCGCAAGGUCGGCUACCUAACCGGCGAGGAGAGCGAGCGCAUGGAGAGGGCCCACGUCGACUCGAUGAUCGCGCUCGGCGAGCCGUUCCGCGACGGCUCGCCUGAUCCGUACCCGUUCGAGUCGCAGACGAUCACGGACCGCGUCAAAGCGCAGAUCCCGCUGAUGCUCAAGGAGCGCCUCACGCCGCCGCCCGAGGAGACGUACAGCCUCAACCGCAAGCUGAGCGGCGCCUUUCUCCUGUGCGCCCGCCUCAAGGCCCGCGUCAGCUGCCGGGGCCUCUUCAAGUCGAUCGAGCAAGAGUACCAGUUCGGUCCCGUCGCUUCGCCGCCGUCUGCCGCUGUGGUGCAGGGCGUUCGCGCGGCGUCCGCGCCCUCGAUGCCGGAUGGCCGAAGAGAGUUCCAUACGUCGAGGAUCGUCCGCGAAGCGCGUCGCGUCCUCGAGCAGAGGGAGGCAGGCGGUGCCGGAGGUGCCGCCGGGUCGGGCGAUACGGGCCCGGCCUCCCUCGGAGCAGAGCUCCGCAAGACGAUCGGCAGUAGAGACCGACCGAGGCCAGCGAGACGGCACGGCAUCAACCUCAACGAUCGGUUCCCUCGCUCUCGGAUCGUCGCUCCGGUCGAGACGGAGGGGACGGUGACGAGUCUUUCGCCUGGAUUCGCCGCGGGGUCUUUUGUCGAAACGGGCAGCGAUGCGAAUGCCGAAGCGGGCGGCGUGGAUCUCGGGAGGAAGGUGCUCCCGGCUGAAGUGACGCCGUCCAGGGCCGAAUCGCCGAUGACGGCGCGGCAGGACACUGUCGAGUCCGACUCGGCCAGCCCGCCCCUUCCGCCCGUCGAGGGUGCAGACGAGGCGGAGUGCAAGCCGAUGGGCCCGACGGUCAUUCGUGGCAUCACGAUCCCACUCAAACCGCCGCCGCCUGGUCCUGAUGAAUGUUGCAUGUCCGGCUGCGCCCACUGCGCGUACGACAUCUACGCCGAGGACCUCGAAGACUUCCACUCGCGCCUGCAAGACGUACGGGCCCGCCUCGCCGCGCUGCAGCCGCCCGUCGCGGCCGACGAGUGGCGCGAGGACCUGCUGGGCUCGUUCCCGUCGUCGGACCCUGGCGCCGAGUCCGGGACCGGUCCAUCGGGCGGCGAGGAUGUAAAGGCCAAGGCGGAGAGGGAGGUGGACCAGGUCAUUGGCGAUCUCGAUCCGACCAUGAAGGCGUUUUUGGAGAUGGAGAGGAGGAUGAAGAAAAAGGAGCGCGCCAAGGCGGCGCAGUAG